AUGUGCAGCCGCGCGACACCGGCCAUCCACACCUCGAUCAUUCAAUGCUUCUCUAACGUGCUGCUGCACCAGGUUUUAUGUGCAUGGCAUCUGAGACAGAGUAAGCUGCUCUCGUGGUUAGACCAGCUUUGUCUCAGCGAGUUAGUCGGCUAUGAACGCCAGAACAAUCUGAUGCUUGAAGGAGGAGCCUCAGAGUUCCUGAGAAGUUUCUCAAGCAGCCUUCUCCCUCCCGGUCUAUCUGAUCCCGGCAACUCAUCUAGUAGCAGAGUGGUGAGUUCUUCUUGGCAACAGGCUCUCAAUGUCAUUGACUACAAGGGAGCGUUUGGUAGCUGGUGCUACUCGAACUCCUCCUUGGUCGAACAAGGUGAUGGACUGCCAUGCAGCAGCAGCAACUACGUGAACUUGGACCCUGAGGACGACUAUGAUGCUUCGAAGCGAUUCAGCUUCGAUAUGACCCCUGGCACUGUUGAUUCUUGGCUAAUCGAGGACCGAAGUUAUGCUGAGAUGGUAAGUGCCUACAGUUCUAUGGGCGGUCGAGUGGAAGAACGCCUUAGGGUUCUUCAAGAUAUUGUUGCCAAUGGGGCAAAGGCCAUGCUCGAAAAGGCCAUUAACCAUGUGAAGUUCCUUCAGAUGCAAGUGAAGGUGUUGGAAACCGAUGAGUUCUGGUCUGCACAAGGGGGGAAAGCAGCUGAAGGAGGCUAUUGA